GCGGGGCCCCGCCGGGCCCUGAUUGAAGGGCUGGGGGCGCGGCCGGGGCGGGGAUACGGGUCAAAGUAUAAUACUUGUGAGAAGCCUUGCGCGGUACCUGCUUCAGGGUGCGUGGUGAUAGGGUGCGUGACCAUGCGGAAAGUGGUUUUGAUCACCGGGGCGAGCAGUGGCGUUGGCCUAGCCCUCUGCAGGCGGUUGCUGGAGGAAGACCAUGAGCUUCACCUGUGCUUGGCGUGCAGGAACAUGAGCAAAGCGGAAGCCGUCCGCACUGCUCUGCUGGCCUCCCACCCCACCGCCGAGGUCUCCACCGUGCAGGUGGAUGUCAGCAGCCUGCCAUCGGUGUUCCAGGCCUCCAAGGAGCUCAAGCAAAGGUUUCAGAGAUUUGACUAUGUAUAUCUAAACGCUGGGAUCAUGCCUAAUCCACAGCUAAAUAUCAAAGCACUUUUCUGUGGCCUCUUUUCAAGAAAAGCGAUUCAUAUAUUCUCCACAGCUGAAGGAGUGCUGACCCAGAGUGAAAAGAUUACUGCCGAUGGCCUCCAGGAGGUGUUUGAAACCAAUGUCUUUGGCCACUUUAUCCUGAUUCGGGAACUGGAAUCUCUCCUGUGUCAUAGUGACAGUCCGUCUCAGCUCAUCUGGACAUCAUCUCGUAAUGCAGUGAAAUCUAAUUUCAGCCUUGAGGACAUCCAGCACAGCAAAGGCCAGGAGCCCUACAGCUCUUCCAAAUAUGCUAUUGACCUUCUGAGUGUGGCUUUGAACAGGAACUUCAACCAGCGGGGUCUGUAUUCCAGUGUGGCGUGCCCAGGUACGGUGUUGACCAAUUUGACAUAUGGCAUUAUGCCUCCCUUUGUGUGGACGUUGAUCAUGCCAAUCAUAUGGCUGUUACGCUUUUUUGCAAAUGCUUUCACGUUGACACCAUACAAUGGAACAGAAGUACUGGUCUGGCUUUUCCACCAAAAGCCCGAGUCUCUCAAUCCCCUGGUGAAAUAUCUGAGUGCCACCACUGGCUUUGGAAGCAAUUACGUAACGUCCAAAAAGAUAGACCUAGAUGAAGACACUGCUGAAAAAUUUUACCAAAACUUACUGGAACUGGAAAAGGAUAUUAGGGUCACCAUUCAAAAAACCAAAAACCAGAGCUGAAAAUGGUGCUCUCUGAGCACCCUUUUCAUGCCUUCUGUGGAUUCUGGAGCACGUGGGUUUCUGCUGAGUUGGAUGAUGUGCAUUUGUGGUAAACUGUGAGCUCUGAUUGUCUCUUUGUUUCAGAAUUACCUCUAUGACUGUGCAUGUGUUUGUGCACGUGAGAAAAAGAUGGAUAAAAUAUCAUAUAUUCUUAAGAAUGGUGUUAUAUCAAAAUUGUGCUAGUCACAAUUUGUUUAUUCUGCGAACUGGAGCCCCAGCUACACUUCAUGGGAUGAGGUGUAGACUUGAAUAAUCAUGACACAGACACACACUGGUUCUCCUUUUCACCUGCCCCAGCAGGAGGAAAUACUGCCCAUUCUCUGAGUGACCAUCUUAGCCUUGUUCCUUUCAAGUAGUUUUCCUAGGUCUUGUAUCUUAUUUCUUCUUCCAUAUACUGCUUUUACCAAUCCUAAUACAGAUGCCCAUGUAAUUAAUCAUAGUAACAAAAGUAUAUGUAUUUGGGCCACUUGAAUUAUUUUUUUCUUAUUUUAAAAACGUCUUUUAUUGAGAUUGAUUUAGUCCAUGUUAAUAGUGGGCCUGACCUUUAACACAAUUUGCAAAUUUGUUUAUUACUGACCCACUCGUUUUCAUGACAUUUUAGUGGAUGUAAUCUUGCAACAAAAAUGAUUUAUUCAGAUUGUUUCAAUGAAAUUUUCCAAUUGAAUAAUUACUGGUGGAAUGUCUCCUGGUAUCAGUAGUGGUCGAAAGUGGUUAGGACUUAGUUUGCAUGAUAUGAAGACAAAAUGCUAAGAUGCCUAGAUGUUUCAACCAACACCUGUAAUAUAAUAGAGUUACAGUUUGAAUGAGUUAAUGUGAAAAAUUAUAUGUAAAUAUAAUUUCUUUACAUUUUAAAGUAUGGAUUUUUGGUUAUACUUUAAGUUUGUUGCUAAAGAUAUUUUUAAUAACAAUAAACAUAUGUGAAAAUGAGGGCUGAACACUCCACUGUCUUCAAGAAAGAAGGGUAAAGUUGGAGAGCUGAAAGCAGAGCUGGUUUUUGAUCUUCUGUUCACUCGCUGUUAAUUGGGAAGAAGGACUUUAUUAUGGAUCUCAAACUCUUCAUCUGUGAAGGAAUUAUCUUUCUGCUUCCUCUGUUCCUGGGUAUGAAGUGAGCAUUAAAUGCAAUGAUAUAUGUGAAUGACUAAAGAGCAUCUUUUGAGAA